UGCAAAGGCGAUUGAGGCAGAUAGUGUGGUGAACGUGCACGCCGGAAGCAGGGACGGUUUGACUGUCUGUUAUGAACAGUACACGAGGGUAGAAAAAGGACAGCAAAGAAGAAGAAGGAAAAAGCAUAAAUGUGUCAUGGACAUCCGUGUCCCUGACAGUCUGCACUGAGGAAAUAACACACCACGAAACCACAUACUCCUACAGCUUCCUGACUGCAGUGUCUGCAGCCAGUCUUUAAUAUUGUUCCACUGUAUUUGUGAGCGACUUGGCGAACCUACUUGAUAUAUAGGUUUGUGAAGAAAUUGGCAGAGAAAACAACCACCGAGGCUACUGUAGGCUUGAUGAUGUCAGCUGCCACUAACACUUUUGAAAGUGUGAAAGCAGUUAUCUUAUCAGCGCAUAAGAGCACUACAUCAACGGACAAGGUCAACUUCUACAACUCCUGGGCAGAGAAUUAUGAUCAGGAUGUCACUGUUUUGGACUACCGUGCACCAAGUCUUGCAGCGAACAGCAUCUCCUCCCAUUUCAGUGGUUCCCGGGAAGCAGCUGUUGUGUUGGAUGUGGCCUGUGGUACAGGACUGGUGGCCAAACAGAUGAAGAGGCUUGGAUUCGGACAUUUUGUGGGUGUGGAUGGAAGCGAGGCUAUGCUGGAGUUGGCCAGAGACAGCGGGUUGUACCAGGACCUAAAGCUGUCCAUGCUGGGAGAGGAGACACUUCCUGUCCAGUGGGAUUCGUUUGAUGUGGUUGUAAUUGUUGGAGCUCUGAGUGUUGGUCAGGUCCCGGCCGCUGUGGUUAGAGAGCUGUGCAAAUCCACUAAACCAGGUGGCUACAUUUGCAUGACAACCAGAAGCAACCGUGACAACCUGGAAUACAAAGGCGCCCUGGAGCGUGAGCUGAAGCAGAUGGAGGAAGAGGGGCUUUGGAGUUGUGUAGAGGUCACUGAGGUGGAAGACUGGGAGAGGGCCGUGUCAGAGCAGGAGGACGGCUACAUAUCUGGUGCUGUGUAUCUUUAUAAGAAGCUACAACUAUAGCACUGUGCCCGACAGUGUAGAUGUGACUUCACACCAGCCAAGGUACAAAACAAAAAAUACAAAAUAUUCAGAAACCUCACAUUACUCCUCACAAAGAAAGUGCAUUUUUUCACAUUGUCAAUAUUUUAUAGACCCAAAGCUGAAGACGUGAAACUGCUUUCACAGAUAAUUUAAAAUAAAUUGAAGACUUGAAAUUUUCAUGACCAAACAGUAUCCAUGUUGCAUGCAUAAGCAUGUUGCAGUAAAAUUAGUAUCUGGAAAAUGUGCUUGGUGUACUGCUCCUGAACCUCUUCAGAUUUCUAUCCUGCAGAUAUGCAGUAACGUCGUCCUAAUAGAAACUGAGAACCGUGUAAUAAAUGAACUGUAAAUUUAA